UUCUUUUUGAUAUGAUUAACCAACCUUUUCAUGAAUGCUGUCUCGGUGAGACCCUCUUUGAAGUGGUGCUUAGGGUAUCUUAUCUGUGCCGCUCAGCGGUUGUCAUGAUUUUCGUCCGGUUCUUCAUAAUUAACCGGGCAAUUUGGUUUUUGCUCGGUUUUUGCUAAUUAACUGAGCAAUUUUCUUCUUCUUAAUGAAUGCAGGAUAACUGCCAUUUCGAAAAAAAUAAACCAGCCUUUCACACUUUUCCCCCUUUCUUCACAUGGAGGAAAGGGACCCAUUUUCUCAUACUCCCACUAAAAGUCAGCAGCAGUGGUAAAACAAACCGCGUGGAGGACGACGAAUCUUGAGUCAAGUCGUCGCGCUCGGGCGUACUUGGGAAAUUGCCGAAUCGGAUGGUUUCUUCCAUGGAAUAAUGGAAUAUAUACAUGUCGGAUGGUCCCAACUCCCAAGUGUGAAUAACAAUGUUGGCCUAUUUAUAGGAGUGCUUCGCUUCCUCCAUUCCACCACGACGCUUAGCUUAACCAGAGCUCAAAUUCUCAAGUCAAUAGCAGGCACCACCACCUCCUCCUCCAAGAUCUGAAUAGAGAAAAACCUCCGGCGGGAACGAUGUGCGGCUGCGACGAUUGCUGCGGCUGCAUCUCAUACAGGACCAGGGAGAACAUCAAGUACGGCUGCAUCUGCUUCGGCGUCCUCGCCGUCCUGGCCGUCUUUGCCGUCCUCCUGGCCGCCUACGCCUUCCUCCGCCACGUCAGCAUCACCGUGGAGGACGCGUCGCUGACCAGGUUCGCACUGCUGACCACCCCGGUGACGGCGCUGGCGUACAAUCUCUCGCUGACUCUCAACGUCCGCAACCCGAACUGGGCGAUGAGCAUCAAGAACACGGAGCCGUUCGAGGCCGCCUACAAGUUCGACGGCCAGCAGUUCGACCGCGUGCAGGUCUCUGACAAGGGCGACAAGCAUCCCCCUCGGAAGACCAUGGUUUACCGCCUUGACUCGGGAUCAGACGGCGCCCUCGUGUCGCUGGGCAACGCCGGCGUGGUGGAGUACAAGGAGGAGAACGAGACAGGUGUGUUCGAGGUGGAGGUGGCGCUGACCCGCAAAGUGAGCUACACAGCGCGCUACACCAAGUGCAAGAUCGAGGCCACCUGCAAGCUCAAGCUCAAGCUCGUGAAGCCCGAGACGACCACGGUGGUGUUCGAAAAAGUGAAAUGCAAGCUAGAAAAGGCCGACAAAAACUGCUAGAUACUUCCUCCAUGUUUGUGUGUUUGUUUGUUUCCAUUCUCCCACUCUUUGAUGAAAGAUGUGAUGAUACUUUUUGAUGUCGUCUUGCUAAUUCAACAGCGAGCCCCAAGGCGGGAUUCAAUUUUGUAAACACA